GCCAGCAACUGGUCUGACAUUUUUGCCUUUAAAGCGGUCUCAUUUCCAAGCAUAGCCUUAUAAUGUAUACAUUAUUAGAUAGAGAAAAAUAACAAUAAUUAAUAUAUAAUUCUCAAAGAGAUAAUUAUUUAAUAGGUGUUUACUAGACAUCAAGUUACAAAAUGAUGUCAAGUAUCCUGUUUCUCGUCCGACAAGUAAAAUAAUGGCAUCCAUUUAGCCACGUAGAAGCAGAACGAAAAGUCGUCUGAAAAAGGUUGGCUUUAUAAACAUUUUCUGUGCAUUUCAACCAUUGUCAUGUCAAUUUUUUUAAAUAUAUAUAUUAUGGUUAUUUAUUAAACCUUUUCACAAUCUCACAUUGUGCAUUGAUAUAUACAUUACACAACUUCGUGAACUGGUGUGAAAUCGGGACGUUCUAGAAUAAUUCUAGCUCCAUAGCCUGGCAGGAUCACAACACACAGUUAAUGAAAAUAUUUGUAUAACUAAAGUAACGUUCUGGGGCUGAUGUGUUAACUAACAAACGUAGGCUGUUUUUGCUUGACAGGUUGAUAAAGCCAACUAGCUACCUUGCUUGUUACUACAUCCAAUCAAAUGUAUUGGUCGCAUAUACGUCUAGUAGAUGUUUUUGCGGGUGUAGCGAAAUGCAUGUCGUUUGUAAAGGCCAGCCAUCAUCAUAACCCGUGACAGAUAAUUUGUUUCAAUUUCCAACAAGCUAACUUCCCAUAUCACAUGAUGCCUUAGAUGGCUAGCUAGUAGCCACAAAGCUAACGUGAGUCUAGGCUGCUGCUGUCAUUGCAAUUGGCUAGCUAACUAGCAACUAUUUAUUAACUGUUAACUGGCUAUUACGAGUCGGGAAAUAAGCAAGGCAACGAAUGUGUUGUAAAGCUGCCGAAUAUCUGUUUCUAUAGCCUGCAAAACUGGUUAGCCUAGUAGCUAACGUUACUUACAAUAUUCAAAGGCCUAACGUAACGUAAGCUAGGCAAUGAAGUUAGCUAGCUAGCUAUAUUUAGUAACUCAAUCCACUUAACGUUAGCUAGCUAGCUAGACAGCUUUAGCUAUUGCUUAGUGGAGCUGUUCCUCCCAACCACAUUCUCACAGUUGGUCAGAACAUUUGACCAAAUCUAUUGCAAAUAAAGUACUUUAUCAAUACAUUUGCAAUGUUAUUAUUGCAGACCACGCCCCUUUUGUUAUUUUCGCUACAUCCACACUACGCCAUCACGAUGGCAUCAUGGUGGCAAAUCUUUUCAGAUUACGGCUAGUUUGCAUUUAGAUUACUCUUUCUUUGAUCAGAUUAAAUACUUUAUGAUGCUCAUACUACCUAAACCUUAACUAACUAAACCUUACAUUUUCAGGGAAGACCAUUGUUUUGGGGUGUCCUGCCUUGGACGCAUGAAUUGUAUUCAACCUUUUCAACUGGACAAACGGGAAGAAAAUGUUUUGAAAGGAUUUUAGCUACACCCUGAGACUACCAUCUCCCUUCCAUGGGCUCCAGUGCAACAUCAUUUGAUUCUGUAUGCAAAUGGUAAACCACAAAGCAGUAGUUGCUGAGAUGGAGACAACCAAUGGAGAAAACCUUCAGCUAGACCUGAUACCGCAGUCCAAAGUGGAUGGUGCUUAUCCUGUGGAGAAUGAUGCUCAGCUACUGAAGAAAGGGCUGGAGAAGCCGACAAUAUCGAGGGAUGUUGUUAAUGGUAAGUGUUGCCCUAGUUAAUGCCCUAGCAUGCCCCUCAAAUGAUAGGGUUUGAUUAGCUUUAUUUUUUAAGUAUAGACAUUCUAGGCAACCUGACUGACCUAAUGCUGACUGAUUUAAUGAUUCCAUCCACUCUCAUCAUCAAACAAUGGAGGGUGUUCUUCCUUAACCAGUUAAUCGUAGGAGAACAAUUCAUUUCAGAAGUUAAUAGGAAAGCAUAACUGAAUGCUUGUAUUAUUUUCACAGUACAUCAUUGUGAAAACAUUGUUAUUGUUGAGGGGAAUCUGCAGUAAUAGGAGCUCCUUAUAUGGAGGCAAUUCCUCUGUCUUCUACCAGUAUUCUUUCCCAACUAUGCAUGACAUGCUUGUGUGCGACCGGACAGAGAAAAGGCCAUUACUCGGCCGCCUCAGGCCAUCUGCCCCUCCCUGCUACAUCUGUCUUUGUACUUGCAUGAGGAAUUGCAGAACUGUCUGGACAGAGAUCUGAGCCUCAUAACUCACCUACAAAACAUGUCACUUCGCAGUCACCUCAACUGCACUAAGGCAUAUUUGCAUGCUGUCAUUAUUCCUACACAUCUCACCUUCAAUAAAAAUAGUUUGCCCAUAUUGACACAUGUAAAAUGAAUAGUAUCAAACUGCCACUUCCAGUUCCUAAAGAGCUAUUCUGGCUUGACAACAAAGCUUGUUUGACCUGUGAAAGCCACAAUAGACGUUGUCAUGCAAAGGAGCCUUGCCUCAGAGUCCUUUCCUUUUUUUAUAAUAAUAAUGAUAAUAAUAAUAAAUAAUAAUAAUAAUUUUUUUAUUUCAAGUAUAUCACAAUCCUCUCUUAUUGUGUGGUGAAAUACAAACUGGAUGGAUGGAUGCCGUAAAUUACCUACUUUACUGACACACUUCCCUGUCAAGCCCCAACUCACCUCACUCCCUUGUUGCAGGUUCUUUCAAAGCAGACGUGGUGCCUAAUGGAGAACAAGUGGCACAGGGCCCGGGGCCAGGCGCUGGAGGGGACGGCCGUCCAAAUAGCCCCCUGCCGCCUCCAUCGCCCCCUGCUCAGGGCACCAGCCCCACCGUCAGCCGCCAGUCCAAAGAGCCAUCCCAAGGUGUGGCCGCUUUCCCACCAGCCAUGCUAGAGAAGUCUGAGGGAACUAAUGCUGAGGGCCCUGUUCACAAGGGCGACGCAUUGCAGUCGCUCAGACUGAGUAUGCCUAUGCAGGAGACUGAAUUGUGUAAGCAUACUGUAACCUGUUCUUGCAGUGAGAGCCCGUCCCCCGCCCCCUGUAUUUCAAACACCUUUUGCUUUGGGAUGUUGCUUCAGAGGUUGACUUAUUGAUUUAGGCCUACCCCAUACCCUAUUUUAAUUCCCUUGCCUGUGCUUACUACACUCCCAUUAAAGAGCUAUAUCGAGAGAGUAUCUGCUUUUGUGGUUUGAGCCUGCUAACUUUGUGCAAUGCCAGUGGUCAUUUAAUUGCUUGAUUAGGGUCUUGGUGCUUCUCUUGGUAGUGGCUGUAUUUGAACUAAUCCUUUACUUGUGGGUUGUGGUGAAUGUUGUUUUGGAUGACGGCCUAGGCUUACAGGUACCAUGAUAUGCAAAGUAUUUUACGUUUAUUAGUUAUAUUACAGAAUAUGGCUCAUUUUGCCUCAAGCUUUUUGUUUACUGUGAGCCACUAGGCUAACCACUCCCACAUAGAAUGUUUACUGUGUCACAUACACUACCAGUCAAAAGUUUGGACACACCUACUCAUUCAAGGGUUUUUCUUAAUUUUUACAAUUUUCUACAUUGCAGAAUUUUAGGAAGACAUCAAAACUAUGAAAUAACACAUAUGGAAUCAUGUAGUAACCAUAAAAAGUGUUCAACACAUUUUUUUGUUGUCAUUUUAGCAGACGCUCUUAUCCAGAGCGACUUACAGUUAGUGAGUGCAAAAAAAAAUGUCUCCAUACUGGCCCCCCAUGGGAAUCGAACCCACAACCCUGGCGUUGCAAACGCCAAGCUCUACCAACUGAGCUACAUGGGACCUGUGCAAAUCAAAAUAUAUUUUAUAUUUGAGAUUCUUCAAAAAGCCACCCUUUGCCUUGAUGACAGCUUUGCACACUCUUGGCAUUCUCUCAACAAGCUUCAUAAGGUAGUCACCUGGAAUGCAUUUCAAUUAACAGGUGUGCCUUCUUAAAAGUUAAUUUGUGGAAUUUCUUUCCUCCUUAAUGCGUUUGAGCCAAUCAGUUGUGUUGUGACAAGGUAGGUAGGAGUGGUAUACAGAAGAUAGCCCUAUUUGGUAAAAGACCAAGUCCAUAUUAUGGCUAUGACUUUAAGACAUGAAGGUCAGUCAAUACGGACAUUUUCAAGAACUUUGAACAUUCCUUCAAGUGCAGUCGCAAAAACCAUCAAGCGCUAUGAUGAAACUGGCACUCAUGAGGACCGCCACAGCAAUGGAACCCAGAGUUACCUCUGCUGCAGAGGAUAAGUUCAUUAGAGUUACCAGCCUCAGAAAUUGUAGCCCAAAUAAAUGCUUCACAGAGUUCAAGUAACAGACACAUCUCAACAUCAACUGUUCAGAGGAGACUGUGUGAAUCAGGCCUUCAUGGUCGAAUUUCUGCAAAGAAACCACUACUAAAGGACACCAAUAAAAAGAAGAGACCUGCUUGGGCCAAGAAACACGAGCAAUGGACAUUAGACCGGUGGAAAGUUGUCCUUUGGUCUGGAGUCCAUAUUGGAGAUUUUUGGUUCCAACUGCCGUGUCUUUGUGAGACGCGGUGUGGGUGAACGGAUGAUCUCCGCAUGUGUAUUUCCCACCGUAAAGCAUGGAGGAGGAGGUGUAAUGGGGUGGGAGUGCUUUGCUGGUGACACUGUGAUUUAUUUAGAAUUCAAGGCACACUUCACCAGCAUGGCUACCACAGCAUUCUGCAGCGAUACUCCAUCCCAUCAGGUUUGCGCUAAGUGGGACUAUCAUUUGUUUUUCAACAGGACAAUGACCCAACACACCUCCAGGCUGUGUAAGGGCUAUUUUAGCAAGAAGGAGAGUGAUGGAGUGCUGCAUCAGAUGACCUGGCCUCCACAAUCCCCCGACCUCAACCAAAUUGAGAUGGUUUGGGAUGAGUCGGACCGCAGAGUGAAGGAAAAGCAGCCAACAAGUACUCAACAUAUGUGGGAACUCCUUCAAGACUGUUGGAAAAGCAUUCCAGGUGAAGCUGGUUGAGAGAAUGGCAAGAGUGUGCAAAGCUGUCAUCAAGGCGAAGGGUGGCUGUUUGAUAUGGAAUCUCAAAUAUAAAAUAUAUUUUGAUUUGUUUAACACUUUUUGGUUACUACAUUAUUCCAUAUGUGCUAUUUCAUAGUUUUGAUGUCUUCACUAUUAUUCUACAAUGUAGAAAAUAGUAAAAAAUAAAGAAAAACCCUGGAAUGAGUAGGUGUGUCCAAACUUUUGACUGGUACUGUACAUAAACUCAUUUAUAGUAUCACAUUCUUGGUUUCGUUCCGUUCAUAGUGCAUUCUGCUCUAAGUGAUGCUGCAAUCAGGAAGUCCUCAUGCUAACUUCUAAGUUGCACUGAUUGACACCUGUUGGUUGGUCUUCAGCACACCUGGCCAAUUGCAGUCAGAGCAUCAUCAAUCAGGCAUAUCACCAACUGACUGCAAACUAACUAACCAAAAAAGACUAAAAACAAAAUACGUUUGGAUACUAGACCAUUUUGUGUGUCACAUUUGACUAACAUUAAUGUAAUAACUAAGCGACUGGCUAAUAUAUGGGAUUGAUUUGAGUCUUACUCAUUUGGCUUUGUAAGUACUGGGUUGCAUGCAGUUUCACUUGGUAACUAACAUUUACAUUUUAGUCAUUUAGCAAACGCUCUUAUCCAGAGCGACUUACAGUUAGUGAGUGCAUACACUUUUCACUAACCAUGGUGGAUGGAUAACAAUGUCAUACAAGCACUCUCAUUUCUUACAUAAAAAUGGCUCUAAACUGAGGUACAAAGUAGUUGUAGCACACAUAGUUGUGGUUUCCUUGUAAAAUGUAUUGUAUGCUUGUAUGACAAUGUCUAAGUUAUUGUUAGCAUAUUCUGUGUUGUAUGGUGGUGCAGUUAGGCUCUUCUAUUUCUAGUGUUAAACUUGCUCUUCCUGUAGCUGUCAAAGAGACAUCACUGGAGAUGGAGAAUGAGGAGAAGAUCCGCCAUGAUGCUCGGCGACGCCUGGAGGAGCAGCUCAAACAGUACAGGGUACAGAGGCACAAGGAGACGGUGAGUGAGUGUGUGUGUGUGUGUGAACAGCGUCAGUCACCAGGCAGUCAUUAAUCCGGAUAAAGCUGUCAGUUGCAAGCUUUACAGCGUUGAAUUGAAGCAGAAGUGUUUCCCCUAGCAUUAUUUUGGCAUGGCAGGCCUUCUUGCCUAGAUUUGUUGCUAUCCACUACCAACAGUAUAGUAUAAUAAUGAUCCUCUGUUAGUUUCCGUUGAAUGGUCUGGUGUUUGCAGCCCUGAAUGUUGCUUUUUUGUGCCCACACAAGAAAACAAGCUAGGGGAAACGCUGGGCUGAAGUAGACUACAUCCUCUGCUCAUGCUCACACUACCCUCUCUCCUCAUCCAGUCCCACCGCUCUACCUUAAAGAGCCGCACUGGAUUCAGCACUCUGGACCCAGACCUCAUGAUGCACCCAGAGGCUCUCCCCCGGGCCAGCACUACCUCAAUGACCACAGAGUACUCCUUCCUGCGGACCAGCGUCCCCCGGGGCCCAAAGCUGGGCAGCCUGGGCAUCCCCCCAGCCAAGGAGAGGAAGUCACGGUCAACCCGCCCCAGCAAGAUCCACUCCCUGGCCGACUACAAGACUCCCGAGCCAGCAGGGGGCACUAGUGGUGGUGGUGGGGUCAGGACGUCUGCAGACUCUUCCAUGGGCUCCCUGGGGUCCAACUUGAGCUCUGUGUCCACCCUGUCAGAGGGCAGCAUGAGGUCAGAGGUCAGCUCCACGGAGACAACCUCUUUGGAGGCCCCGCUGGGGUCGUCAAUGUCUUUCCAGGACAUCUCGGAGGUGGACGCCGGCAGCGAGUCAGGGAUGGGGUCGAGGCCCGGUGGGGACGGGAAUGACAGCGACAGCUCGACCUACAGCAGCGUGUCUACCUCCACCAGGGGCACUGGGACCUACGCCAUGCUGGCUGCAGCAGUGAACAGGCAGAGGGGCGGGAACUACACAGUGGAGGGUAGGGAGAUUGCCCCAGAGGCUAUGGGAAACUUCCCCUCGCUGCAAGAGGUUCUGCAGGCUGCCAGUGAUGAGCAGCACCUGCUAGAGCUGGAGCAGGACAGGGAGGAGACUGGAGAACCACACAGCCGCAGGGACAGCUUCUCCAGCAGGUAGGCUACACCAUCAUCAGGGCCCCGUGUAGCUCAGUUGGUAGAGCAUGGCGUUUGCAAUGCCAGGGUUGUGGGUUCAAUUCCCACGGUGGGCCAGUAUGAAAAAAUGUAUGCACUCACUAACUGUAAGUCGCUCUGGAUAAGAGCGUCUGAAAAAUAAAUAAAUUAUCAGCACACAUCACUUCUGUAAUAACACAUAGUAUCACUUAAACUGACUGGUGUAGUACUAGUGUAUAACAUAAGCACAUUGCUAUUGCAGACAGUAAAUAAGCAGGAACACUAGUCCGCUUUACAUCAUUGCUGUUAUACAUCGAAUCUGCAUGUACACUGGUCUAUGUUUGCUUACUUUUCCAGUCAUAAUUGACCAUGAAUUGUUGUAGAAUUCCCCAGUCAAUUGCACUUGCUAGAUUUCUGCUUAUAUUGUUUAAUUGCUUGUUUCCUACAGUGUGUCAUUAGAGAGCUCUGUGAUGGGACAUGAUGAAAUGCUCCAGGUUCUGAAGGAGAAGAUGAGACUGGAGGGCCAGCUAGAGUCUCUGUCUUCUGAGGCCAACCAGGUAUAACUAACAUACAGACAAUGUAGUAAAGACUUUACUGUCUUCAAUGGCUAACUCUCUAAACGUAGGAUCAACUAAGGUAAUUAACACUCCUUACAUGUUCAGACUUACCGUCACUGGAAUAGCUAGACUAAUACCCUACACCCUACAAUUCCUCCCUCUCCUCUCCAGGCUCUGAAAGAGAAGACUGAGCUCCAGGCCCAGCUGGCUACAGUCAACGCCCAGCUGCGGGACCAGGUGGAGCAGGCCCAGGACAGCCAGGAGAAACAGAGCUCCCUCAACAAGGAGGUGUCCACCCUGCGCCAGAGCUGCUCCCAGCUGGAGAGGGCCAUGGUGGAGCUGCAGGGCAACCUAGAGCGCAAGAACGCCGGCCUUUCGUCACUUGGCAACGACCUGCAGGUGGCCGAGGAGCAGUACCAGAGGCUCAUGGGGAAAGUGGAGGAGAUGCAGCAGAACGUGACCUCCAGGGACAACGCUGGUAAAUUGGAUGGAUGGAGAGCCCAGUUUUGGCAUCAUGCUUUUAAACUACCAUCUCCUCACAACAUGCUCCACACAAUAAUACUAAUGAAAUUCGAUGCGUCACUUAUUACCGUGCUAAAUACAAACGCUUUGUGAAUGAUUUGUUAUGGUCCUUCUGCAGUCCAAGAGUUGCGUCAGCAGAUGGGUGGCCUCCAGACUCAGCUCCAGCAGGUCCAACUAGAGCGCAGCACCUUGCAGAGCCGGCUGAAGACCUCCCAGGCCGAGAUUGACUCACUGCAGCAGGUCCGCCAAUGGUACCAGCAGCAGCUAGCGCUGGCCCAGGAGGCUCGGGUCCGGCUCCAGGGUGAAAUGGCCAACAUGCAGGUAAGGCUAUCUGUGAGAAGGGCUCCUCCUUCCUUCUAUUGAAUUGAUGUGUUACAGAGUUGACGUGUUAUGAAAUUGAUGUGGUAUGGAGUUGACAUGUUACAGAGUUGAUGUGGUACAGAGUUGAUAUGCUGUUUGACUUAUUUUACAUGUUUUUCCCCCCAGGCUGGGCAGAUGACCCAGAUUGGUGUCAUGGAGCACCUAAAGCUGGAGAAUGUGACUCUGUCCCACCAGCUGACAGAAACCCAGCAUCGCUCCAUCAAAGAGAAGGAGCGCAUUGCCGUACAGCUGCAGAGUAUUGAGGUCUGUCCCCUUGAAAAUGAGGAAAUAUGACAAGUUAUGUGAUUGGUGUUUGUUAUAUUGUGUAAUGUGAUUAUUUAACAUUUUACUGAAAAAGAAUAUAAGAUUUACUGGCAAAAUAUAAUAUGAUGAGAUAGAAUUGAGGUUAUUAAGCAGUGUGUGACCUGACCUCUCUGUCCUCCCUUUGGCCGUAGACUGACAUGAUGACCCAGGAGGCUGCUUACCAGCAGAUCCAGGAUGCCAAGAGCAUGGUGGAGGAUGACCUCCAGCACAAGCUGGACGAGUUUGAGGAGGAGCGAGAGCACUUACAGAAACUGGCCAACACAGCCAGCUCUCUGGAGAGGGAACUAGAGCAGGUAAGUAACUAAUUGUGGGUUUAUGAAAACACUUAUGACAACCUUUGUAUUGUUCAAAUGAAUGGUAUUUGAUACUCUGGGUGGGUGGUCUAAUAUCAAUGAAAGGUGGGUCUUUUACGCACAUCCAAAAUAAUAUCACGAGCUAGACAAAAACAAGGUCCAAUACUUUGACAAAAACUGAAUGUCCGCUCACUGGUUUGCUAUUUUGCAGCAACAGUUGCCUAAUGUAACUCCUCUCUGCGUCCCCCACAGAUGAAGGUGACCCUAUCCCAGAAGGACCUGCAGCUGGAGGCCCUCCAGAAGGAGCACCUGGAGCUGAUGAGACAGCUGACAGCCACUCAGGAGAGCCUUCACACCAAAGAGCAGUCCAUCAACCAGCUGGAGGCCCGCUACCUGGAGCUAGAGGCCACGCUGGCAGAGCUGCAGACAGAGACCAACGCCAAGGACGAGAACAUCCAGUACCUGCAGAAUGAGAAGAUUGUGCUGGAGGUGGCCCUCCAGGCGGCCAGGGCUGACAAAUGUCAGCUGGACGAGGGGGCCGAGAGGCUGGGGGAGGAGGUGCUAGUGUCCUCGGACCUCCUGGAUCAGCUCAGGCAGGAGGUCCAGGUCAAAGCCUCACAAGUGAGAAACAAACCGCCGUGGAGCCCAUGGGUCCCAUCACACACAAUCCUACUAUGGCUGUUGAGCAACCAUGUUUGAGCUUAAGUAGAACGUAAACACCUUCUCCUUUUUAUUUUUAGAUUGAAACUCUGCAGCAGGAAAACGGCACCCUGAAGAAACAAGCUCAGAAAUUGAAAGAGCAGUUCAUGCAGCAAAAGGUGCUUGUCACUUGUUUGCCUUUUGGGAGGAUUGUUUACACACACAGACACACACAUUCAUACACGGGAUGAAUCUCUUCACACCCCUUCCCAUUUCCCACCCAUCAGGUGAUGGUGGAGGCCUAUCGGCGGGACGCCAGUUCCAAGGAGCAGUUGAUCAGCGAGCUGAAGUCCACUAAGAAGCGUCUGGUGUCGGAGGUGAAGGGGCUGAAGCAAGAGUUGCUGGAGGCCCAGGGGGAGAAGCAGAAGGCUGAGCUGGAGCAGAGCCGGCUGCAGAAGGAGGUGGUCCGGGUCUCGCAGCAGAUGAACAGCCUGGAGAACCACCUGCAGUCCGUGCAGACCAAGAGGGAUCAGCUGGAGACACAGAUCCAGGUACACAAUGCCUCCCUAGCAGCUUUAGGUUUUUCUAGGAUUUUCUAAGGGUUUUCUUUGCAUUACUUCCAUGACAGUUCUUACAUUACAUAUCCCAUUGCCUUAUCCGGCUAUCUUUGAUAGGCAUUUGAUAAUAAUCAGUGUGCGUUUGAUGCCCCUCCACAGUCCCUGCAGUUUGACCAGAGCCAGCUAGCAGCAGUGACGGAGGAGAAUGAGGGCCUGAAGAAACAGGUGGAGCAGAUGCAGUCGGAAGCCAAGAAGUGAGUCACAAUGUUUAUAAAGCCAUACAGACUUCUGGAACUAGCCUGGUUACCAUAGUAAUGGCCCAACAAGAUUCACUAUGAAUCUCUAAAAGUGGUAUAAGAAUAUGAAUGUGAAUAUGUAUCUCUUAAUCUCUUUUAGUAAGAUUGCUUAGAUGUGCAAUACUGUUGAUGUGUCUAAUUUUCUUAUUUUCCUCUCUCAGGGCCAUCUCAGAGCAGAAGGUGAGAAUGAAGCGGCUGGGGACAGAUUUGACCAGCGCGCAAAAGGAGAUGAAGGUCAAACACAAGGCCUAUGAGAACGCAGUGGGCAUCCUGAGUCGCAGGCUCCAAGAAGCCCUGGCCGACAAGGAGACCACCGAGGCAGAGCUGGUCAAACUCAAGGCCCAGGUCUCAGACGGAGGCAACAACCAGGCCCUGCAGGUACAGUACUACCCUCAUAAGGGCCCAGUGUUUUUUCUGAUCAAAUGACUUAACUAGGAACUAGGAUCCAGAGUUUGUUUCUGGUCACAUCAUGUGGUCAUGAAAGACUUGUGGCCAUACUCAUAAUAUAAGAUUUCAGCACAUCCUUAGCUGUGGUGAUAUUUCUAUAGCCUACUGAUCUAAACCUAUACUUGUUCCAGGAUAAAAUUGAGGCUCUGCAAAGUGAGCUCCAGGCUGUGAGCCACAGCAAGGCAACGCUGGAGAAAGAGCUUCAGGAGGUCAUCUCCCUCACCAGCACUGAGCUGGAGGAGUACCAGGAGAAAGUCAUGGAGCUUGAGGAUGAGGUGAGUGGUUGUCUUACCUACAAUGUAGGAUCUUGAUUUGAUCACCCUUUUGCAGGAUAACUUUAAAAACUUGUCAUGUAUAUUUUAGGUUAAAAAAUAUGUUUAAAACAUUUCCACUUUGAAAUGUCAGACAUAAUUUUCCCUUAGCGAUUACUUUAUUUGUCCAUAAAUGUCCAAUGGAAAUGUGUGUUCUGCUAUGCUACCCCAACCCCUCUGAAAAUUACUCACAGCCAAUGGUAUAAGUGCUUCUCAAAGGUUUGAUUGUAAAAUCGUACAUCUUUGUCAUUCACAGCUGCAGGAGGCACGAUGCUUCAAGAGGCGGAUUAGGAGGCUGGAAGACGCCAACAAGAAGCUAUCCCUGGAGCUGGAACAUGAGAAAGGGAAGUUGACGGGACUAGGGCAGUCCCACAAUGCACUGCGGGAGCAUUCCAAUAUUCUGGAGACCGCCCUAGCCAAGAGAGAGGCAGACCUGGUCCAGCUCAACCUCCAGGUAAAAGGCUUCAAUGUUACAUUCUCAGUUACUACUAUCACUGAUCAAUUCAAUUACUUAACCCAUACGAUAACACCAUUAAAUAUGACCAUUGAUGGUUGCCCUUUUUCAUUAAAAAGCUAACCGAGGGGAUUGUUUUUUCUAUUCUCUUCCUUGCCCUUCUCCACAGGUACAAGCAGUACUAAAACGUAAAGAGGAGGAAGACCAGCAGAUGAAACAGCUGGUCCAGACUCUACAGGUCGCCUUGGAGAAGGAAAAGGCCAAAGUCAAGGACCUGAAAGAGCAGGUAAAGGCUCCCAACCCAACCCACACCAACAUAGUCAUAAUCUGUUGUCAUUAACACAUUGUAACGCAUUACAUACACAUACAAGCCCCUGAAGGAGACAGACUGGCCUAGCCACAACAUAGUCUUAUGUUGUCAUUAACACAUUGUAACAUACUGUAAUGCACUUAUAUAAGCCCUUGGAGACAGACUGUAAAUGUGUGUUGUGUACUAGGUGGCAGCAGCCAAGGCAGAGGCUGCCCACAACAGGCGGCACUACCGGGCAGCCAUGCUGGAGCUGUGUGAGAUCAAGAAGGACCUGCAGGCCAAAGAGGAGCUGGUCAAAGCCCUGCACAGCGAGGCACACAAACUACAGUGAGUCUAAAUUUGCACUUUAUAAUUUAGUGAAGAAGACAUGGACAUGGAAUGACGCUGUGUUUAACAGAUUGAGAGAUUAUUUUGAUUACCCUAUGAGUUGAUGUAAUCGUUAGGGAAUGCUCGGUCCUUUUAUUUUAGGGAAUAACCCCAUCUAACUCAACGUGAUAUUUGUAUUUUGAUCUUAUGUUUCUCCUUGAUUUUAACAUUGUCUUACCCUAACAUCCUUUCCUUUCCUUCCAUAGGGCUCAGGAUGAGAAACACUCUCAGGAGGUCUCCAGGUUCCAGGAGGAGCUGUCAGAGGCCCACUCCCAGCUCCAGAUCCUCCAGAAACAGCUGGAUGAGCAGUUCAGCAAGCAGCCCCUCACCAACCAGGAGGUAGCUAGCUAUGCCACAUCACGCUAUACAAUAAACACAACCAUGGUCGUGUUCAGUAGGGAGAAAAAGUUUGGAACUUUUCCAAUAAGAACACACAGUUUUGUUUUGCUACAGUGUGCCCUACUGAACACAACCCAUGACUGAAUGGGGAAGUAGUUUAUUGAAAGUGACAUCGGUCACUGACUCUUGACUGUUCUCUCCCCCAGGUGGAGGAUUUGAAGUGGGAGGUUGAGCAGAGACAGAGGGAAAUCGAGGCCCAGAGACAGCAGCUGGAGAUGGUGGAGCAGUGCAGCCAGAGGGAGCUGGACAGCCUGCAGACAGCUCUACAGGUACACACACAUAGAUGUGAUCAUGCACAUGCACGCACACCCAACAGGGUAGUGAGGACAUAGCUGGCUAGCUCCACUGCAUAGUGCUAUCAUCCAGACUCUAAACCACAGAUGCAUCUCUCUAUCAUUGUCCAUUGUGUUGCCAUUUUGUGCCUGACUUUGCCUUGCUCUGCAUUCUAGGGCAUUAAGGUGGAACUGGAGUCUGUGCAGGAGGAGCUGAGCAGCACCAGGAAAGAUAAGUUCAUGCUGCAGGCCAAGGUGGGGGAGCUGAGGAACAGCAUGAAGACUGUCCUGCUGCAGAACCAGCAGCUCAAACUGGACCUCAAACAGAACCGCCUCCGGAAGGUAAGCUACCUGAGGAAGAAGAGGCCAUUUUGUUUUAUUUCUGUCAAGUGUUAUGGAAUUUUAAUAUUGGUGUUGUGUCAAAUUGAGACUUACCUGGCUGAGACUGAAGUGCACUUUCUUAUUUAGAUGUUUAUAUUUCAAUAUUGGUGUGAUUGGUAGAAUAUUCAGCUCAUCCAAUGGCUUUGAGAAGGCGCUGGAUAUCCAAGUGUAACAUGGUAUACUGUAUGUUUUGUUCUGGUUUGAUGAAGGAUAUGAAAAGUUAUUUCCUAAUAACACUUGACAGCAUAUAUCACACAGAAUGCAGGCUUCCUUUUUGUGCUGAUGUGUUGCAUUCUUGAUUGAGCAGCAGAGGAUGGAGCCAUCAAACCCAUCGAACCCAGUGACCCCGGUGAAGAUCCCAGAAUGCCCUGUGCCUGCCUCCCUGCUGGAUGAGCUGCUCAAGCCCUCCGCCUCCGUCAACAAGGAGCCCCUCAAUAACCUGCACAACUGUCUGCGCCAGCUCAAGUAAGAAAAUACCACCAUAUCUUCUUUACCUUCUGGGAGUGGAAAACCUGUGUGGAAAAUAUGCUAUUGUAGCUCCAAAUAGCAUGUGUUUUCUGAUAACCAUAAUGAAAGACAAAGAAUAUGAUAGAAAUCCUUUAUUCUUGAAACGUAUUUGUCUCACGUGGAUGGUGUAUUUAUAAUUAUGUAAUAGGAAUCCAAUGCCAGUACACUAAAGUGAAUGUUUGUUUCCUGCAGGCAUGAGAUGGACAGCCUUCAGAAGCAGAUGGAGGAGCACACAGUCACCGUGCACGAGUCCAUGACGUCAUGGACUAACGCAGAGGAGGAACUGGCUCGACUGGGGGUGCCGCUGGACAAUGACUCCACAACAUCCACCCCUCUAAACCAUGUGGACAGUAAUAGAGGAGGAGGAGCGGAGGAAGAGGCACAGCCAUCGUAA